CAACACUGGCACAGAGUUCUGAAGCUUCUGACUCAGCUGCUGCACACAGAGGCAUCUGUAAAAUAGUAGAUGGUUGAGAAAACAUGUGUUUGUGUUUGGUGUCUGUCUGCUCUCAGAGCUCAGCGCAGACACUGCAGGACUUAAAGAGGUGCAGGCUGGAACUGCGAAAAGAGGGCAACACUCUCAUCGACUUCUUUUGUGAAGACAAGGACACCUUCAAGCUGGACGAGUGUUUCCGGAUCUUUCAAGACUUCUGCAUUAAAUUCAACAAAGCUGUAAAGGACAACAGGGAGCGUGAGCUGAAGGAAGCAGUCAGACUGCGGCGGCUCAGGGAGCUGGAGGAGAAGCGCUUUGUGUGGGCCGCUGAGGAUCACAGCAAUGUCUUCGGCCGCAGCAGCAGCGAGAGCGACGUAGAAAUGCUCACCAAGGAAGGCCUGCUGGACUUCUUCCAGAAAAGGUCCCAGAGUCCAAACAGUCCGCUCGGACGCUCCGCCAGCGCCCGCCGCCACCGUCACACUAUGACCUCCAUAGUAGACCGCGAGCUCCAGGGUUACCUGGAGCUGUUCGGAGGCGCAGGGAACCCCACCAGCUACUCCAGGUUCUACAGCCUGCCCCGGCCCGGCCGGCCUCUCCACAGGAACACCGUACCGUGGAUUCUUGGUCAGGAUGACAACAGAGAGGCGACGUCUCCACAUGCAGAAACGGAGCCUGUUGGCUCUCUGGCCAGCUUCUCUUCCUCUGGCUCCAACGAUAACGAAGUCGUCAACGACAACAAUAAUUACUCGUCUGUUUCGGAGAGCAGCGCUUUGCCUCGCCCCUUCUGUGUCUUUCAGAAGCCCGCCUGCCUUCCCAACCCAGCUGUUACUGGCCUCAUGAAUGUUAGCGUGGACAAGCACACUUUAGUUCAAGCUCCUCAAAGUUUUGACCUGCAGAGCCCAAACAACAACAGCGACCAUAAGCACUUUGUCAGCCGUGGCGACGUUGUGGUAACUGAACUUGAACAGGAGGCAGAACGUUCUCCCAGACAUCAGGACAAGUUCGUCUUUGAUGAGGUUUUGGAGAAAAGAGCUGAUCCAAAGGCAGGGGAAGGUAAAGACAAGACAGGAGAUUCCUCUGAGAGGGAGAGAGAUGACAAGGACUGCAGCACAGUUUCAUCCACAACCUGUGAUACUCCCCUUCCUCUGGAUACCUCUGGGUCCAACAAGAAGCCUAUGUUUUACAUAAUAGACUGCACCGAAACAGACUGCUCCGUGGUGCUGGAUUAUUCCGAGGCUGAAAGCUCAUCUCUCACCAAAGAAGGUCUUCAGUUUGUUCCUCAGUGGGGCAAAGAUUUGGAAAGCCAGCAAGGUCCAAAUUCCUCCUGCAACGACCAGUCCAUCUCAACCAGUGAGCUCUCAGCGCCCAAAUCUGCAGACGUGACAUCUGUGGCUGCAUCUGCCACCACAGAGGACUGGGACACAGAGAGCUGUGACACGGCAGAGGGGAAACAGGCUGCAGAGAAGGACCAGAGAGCAGGCAGAAAACCGCUGAACUCAAAGAGCAACAAAGUGUCAAAGGGCAGCGGGGGUCGAGGGGUUCGGACUUUGACCAGCGGCGAGAGCCAAGGAGUCCGGAAAGUUGUCCCCAUCAGCAGGGUGAACAGGACGGGCAGCAGCAGGAGGACAGACAGAGCUUCAGUCCAGAACAGCGGAGAGGCACACCGACACCUCCGUGACCAAAGCACUCCUGCAAGAGGAAGAGCCGAGAAGACAGCGAGACCGCCUCGACACUCAAGCGUUCCUCCUGAUGAGUCCAAGGUCCAGAGGGGGGGUGGCCUUCUGGGGGGAGUGUCUAGAUGGGCGCGAGAUUCAACGCCGAGGAAAGCUUCCCUCCACAAGCCGAGCGCCAAACCGCUCAGAAACAUCCCAAAGCCUGUACAUGAGGAGAAGAUGUGCCGCUCCACCAUGAGGGCUCUGGCUCAGGCCCAGGCUCAGGCUGGACCCCCCGGGGGGCCUUCCUCAGAGAACAGCAGCUCAGAACCUCAAAAUGCUAAGAACUCCUCCAACGUCCCCAGCUUUGCCCGAAACACUGUAGCUUCAUCUUCCAGGACCAAGAGGGAUCUGGGCCCUCCAUCCAUCCCCACCACCCCGUCCCGCAGCCCCUCGCUCCAGGGGCACCGCACCUCCACCAAGCAGAACCCGGCCUCACCGACACCUCAGAGCAAUGAAGAAAAGCCUCCAGUGACACACCUGCGGCGGGUGCACAGCGUCAAGGCGGCCAGCCGCAUAGCCGGUCGCAGCGAGACCCCGCCUCCAACAUCAACACGGGGCAGCAUUCGGAAGACCAGCAGCUUUUCUGAAAAGUCUGUGCAGCUCAGAGACUCGUUGAUGUCUGGCAAAGUCACAAAGCCGAGCUGGAAGUGACACCAGACCUGGUGCAAAUUGACUGCAGUCACAGACGACCUCUCCAUGUAGAAUAGAGUGAUAUUUACUCGCCUUACCAAUCCACAGAGGAGGGGAAUCCUCUCUAACAUGCAACAGACCUGAAGCUGAAAUCCACAUUAAGCUGUUUUACCCUCUGAUUCUGUUACUUCUGUAGUUGACAAUUGCAAAGAGCAAGAUGCAAUAAACCUCUCUUUGUUUCUGUCGUGUUUCUAUAGAAAAGUUACUUUUGUUUUUCGACUAACAUGACAAGUGGUAAAUUGGUGAUCUUACACAGAAGCCUUAUUGCCUGCUUAGCUGUUAAUCUGCAGAUCCCUGUAUGCUACUGUCUGUGACGAUGUUAAUGUUUUAAGAAAUACUGACUCACUACCAUAAUGCUGCUAAUUAGCUCUGAUUGUUCCCUUUUUUUUUAUUCAGGGUUUCAGAAUCUGGUAAAUCUCGCUGCUGUCACUGUGCCUUGAAAAAGUAUUGAUACCCUGAGAACUUUAUCACAUCUUCUCAAGUUACAACCAAAAAAAACUACAAUAAGUUUAAUUUGUACUUUAUGUGAUAGAUAACAAUGAGUAGUGCAUACAUUGGCAAUGGCAGGACUGCACUAUAUGAGGAAAUAAUGUUAUGCAAUAUGCUCAAUAUUUCAAGUGUAAUAUUGCUUAAGUCCUCAUUUUCCUUAAUUUUCUGUUUCUCAGCGGUUAUUGCGAUGCUUCCCAUACUCUGUGACCUCGAGCAUCAGGGCGUCUGAUCUAGAGGUCAGUUAAUGUCCAGCCAACAGGCUGGAUGUAUAAUUGGCAGAUUUGUGGAAUUCACGUCUUUAAAUCACUCUGGGAUUUCUGAAGGUUUUUAUUUGGGGACGUCAAAGUAAACAGGGUUCAAUACAGAUGCUCUCCACAGUUUUCAGAUUUUUAUUCCGUGUGUCCCUUUCCUCCCCCUUCACUAUUAUGUGCAGCCUUGCCUUUGUGUAGGUCUAUCACAUGAAAUGCCAAAUGAAUACUUACAUGUUUGUGGUUGUAAUAUGAGAAAUCAUUCAAAACGUGGAGUGGUAUUCAUGGUUUUGCCAGGCAUUGUGUGUUUUCGUUUGGCCCGGUCCUCCAACUGUUUCCUUUGCUCAGUACCUCAGACAGAUCGCUGUGGCCUUGUAAUCACAUGAGACGACUCCUUUAUUUUUACAUGCUGACAACAUGGACAUAAUCUGAUCAGUUAAAGUCCGUGGCAUUCUGAAGGUAGAACAACAUGUAAAUUCACAAAUAAAAUACCAGUGUACAAAA